ACUUAUUUAGUAUCUGAUGUGGAACUUUUCAAUACGUAUCGCUGUUUUCACACGGACCGGACCAACGGCAUUCCCAGACAUGGCGACCUGCACGCGGACUAUAUGGGGAGUUGUAGCAGGAUGUCAGAGGCAGCUGCUGAGAGCUGGUGGUCCCGCCUACACAGGCGUCUUACAUACUGCACUGAGGAAUCCACCCAUCAGGUCUUUCGCAGCUGUAAAAGCACUAAGGAAAGACAAGAAAGAGGACACAGAGAAAGAGGUGAAGAAAGAAAAGAGGGUCAUCGAUGACAAAGACAGACACAAGCCAUAUGGCAAGACGGCAUGGGCGCCUGUGGAUGACGUGUACGUUAUGAGGUACUACCCCCGGACAAUCUACAAUGCGGCAGACGCCAUCGACAUGCUGAAGAAAUUUCAGAUGUUGGACUUCACUCCCCACAAGCAGCCUAUUUACAUCGAUCUGAGGCUAGACAUGAAAUUGGAAAAAAAGAAAAAAGUUGACCCCUUUGUCAGCACGGUGCACUUACCACACCCCUUCAAGACAGAGAUGAACAAAGUUUUAGUUUUUACUGAGGAUGUUAAUCAAGCUAAAGUUGCCCGGGAGAACGGAGCUGUGUUUGCUGGGGGAGCAGAGCUCAUACAGCCGAUCUUAGAUGAUGAAAUUUCAGCAGACUUCUACGUAGCGGUGCCAGAUAUACUGCCAAAGCUUGUACCGCUAAAAAACAAACUGAGGAAGAAGUUUCCAAAGAGCAAGAGAGGCUCGGUCGGCAUUCACAUUCCCAAGAUGUUGGAGUUGUUUAAAACGGGUCACGAGUACAUGGUGGAGAGCGACUGCUACGUCAGGACCCAGAUAGCUAUGCUCGACAUGUCCAAAGAACAAAUCUUUGCCAACCUGCAAACUAUCCUGAUUGAUGUUUGCUCCCACCGACCUGCUAAUAUGGGACCUUUGAUCGAGCGGGCGAUCAUCGCCAGUCACACCAGUGAAGCUCUGUGGUUCAAGAGUGAAGACGUUUUACCGAAACCAGCAGAGGAGAAGGAGAAAUGACCUGUUCUGUAUAUAUUCACUGUAUUGAAUAAAGUAUUUGUUCUGA